GAAGAAAAUAGGAGGGUAAUUAGGACAUUUUAAUGAGGAAAAGUCAAAUUGGGAAGUUUAAUUCGGACGGAGGGAGUAUUAUUUUUGACUUCUUUUAGCUUUGGUCAAACCAGUCAUUGUUUUCUUAUUCGGUACUCCAUCAUAUUUGUGGGCCACCUCAAUCCAAACGGCUACCUUCCCUUGUUCACGCAAUCGCGUUGCGUUUAUAACUUUAUAUAUGCAACUCAGAUUUAAUUUCUUCGCCAAUCAUCUUCCGCAUUCCGAUAUUCGUGCUUGCACUCUCCGGACCUCCCGUCAAUGGAGGCGUCCGGCGGCGCGGCGGCGGUGAUCACGGUGGAGUACCUGGAGACCGCCAGGUCGAGAGAUCUACUCUCCAAGUUCCCGGACAACUCCGCCUUCGACUUCGACUACUCUCAGAGCGCAAUCUGGUCUCCUCUGGUUCCCCGGCACCUGAUCCCCGUCUCCGGCGGCCGCAAUCUCGGAUCAGGUCCCCGGAGGGAGCUGGCCUACGAGGAAACGGCGGUCAAUUUCAGGGAGGCGACGGCUAAUUUCAGGAGGAAGCUUCUAGAUUCCGUGAUCUGUAAUGUCGAUUACCGGGGGGUGAUGAAGAAGAGGAAGAAGAUGAUGAAAAAGGAUUUGGAUUUUUCUCCGAUCGGUUCGUCUUCUAAGCUUGCAGCGAGUACUCCCGGAAAGGGUUGGGCAAAGGUGUUGAAAGCAGCGGCGAAACAUUUCAAGAAAAGCAAGAAGAAACCUCAAAUAAAGUGACUUUUCCUCGUAUUUGUAUUUUACCAAUAUGACAUUUUGUGCAUUUCGUAAUUCGUAUUGGUGCUUUUCAAGCUUGAUUAAUUUUGGAUUAAUGAAAAAUGACAAAUGCCCAAUAGAGAAAUGACUAUUGU